AUGUCCACCUCCACCCAAUCCUCGCCCUCGUCGCCAGCGCAGGACUCUACGUUCUCAAUCCUACAUCCCGAUGGACCCACGCCCACCCUCCUGGACGAGAGUUUUUUCGAGCACGACUAUCCCCGCGACCCUGAUGCGUUCUGUUCUUUUGCAGAACGUCUCGAGCACGAUGCAGAGGCGUCACGACCAUAUCUACGUGCUGGUAGCCCCUAUCCCAUUCAUGUCGUCGCCCGUUGGCGUUCGCUCGAUUUCCCGUGGCUCAGUCCGGGCUCUGGAUCACCCGCUCACCGUGGUGUACCUCCAGAAAUGUGCAGCGGGGCGUUCGUGAAGGAGGACGCGAAUAUUACUAUCACUCUCACACGUCCUCUUCAGACUGGUUUCUGCAAGUGGGCGCAGGUCUGGUGCGCUAACCUGCGCUGGUGUGCACCUCAUGAGGACGCUACGUCGAACUCAGAGUCGGAUAGAGGUGCUCACGUUGUGGUCAAGAUAUUUCAGGAGAGCGCUUUCCGUCCUCCAGAGUACUUUGACGAGGAUGGUAUCGAAUCAGGGUAUUGGCGCACCGGAGCUAAGCAGGCGAGAGCGGAAGCGUUGGCAUACGUGUGCAUGAUGUCACUCCAAGGACGUGAAGUUCCGUGGUCAUAUGGAUUCUUCAAGGUCAGGCUCCCACAUGGUGAGCUCGCGUACGCGCACGUCAUGGAAUUCGUCGAUGGGAAGGCCGGGGGGCUCACCCGCCUCCGAAAUUGCACCAGCCAGGACCUCUGGACAGUAAUGGACGCGAUGGCAUCCUGCCUGUAUGCCGUCAUCAAAUGCGGGGUCGUGCAGAAGGACGUCACCUGCGAGAACAUCAUCAUCCGGCCAGGCGCCGCUCAGCCUGUCGUGUUCGUCGACUUCGCCGCCAUGCAGUCGCUGCGGUCACCAAGUGUGGGCCCGGUGCGGGACCCCGAGCUGAUCGAGUGGGACAUCUCCAACGACGUCGCGUCCUUGAUCCGUGCUUUUCGUAAGAUGGCGGUGCAGAUGUCCGACAUCGCGGCGUGGCUGGAGGAUCGCGCGCACCGGGGCGCGCCCUGGACGCGGCUGUUCGCGUUCCUCACCGAGAAGAUGCCCAGGUGGUAUGACCUGUUCGCCAUCGAGACGGACGAAUUCAUUGCGCUUAACCCGGAGGUCGAGCAGGAGGCGCGGUGA